CGAAUAAUUGUUAUCGUCAUAACAAUUUAAUUCGUAGGUGUAGUUGGCAUUUCUGAAAAUUUUGGACCAUUUUAAAUGUGUUGAAGCAUAAGGUGCUAUAGAGAUAUUUGCCAAAAUUUAACAACUAACCCGUUAUUUCCGAGGGAUCUGCAACUCGGAAGCCGCUGGAUCGAAUCGAAGUGGUCGUAGCAAGAGUCAACACAAAAUCUCUUAUCAGGUUUCUCACCGAAGAAGCUGAGCCGCCGGCGAGGGAAAAGCAUACAGACGAGGCUACCGCCGUUACCUGCGGUGAACCAGACACUUCAAAAUGGAUGAACAAGAGUUCCGAGCCCGCCUUGAACUCUUCCCCGUCGUCCGUUCCUUCGAUUACCAUGUUGAUUCAGACCCAUCGAAGCAAUCGACAUCGUCACGGCGCCCACAGCUAAAAGAGAAGGAAGAAUGGCAAGAUACCCUGGAAGAGGAGCUAGGAGACGCAAAGGAAUUAGGGGAUCAUGGUGUUGAUCUUCGUGAUCCGUUCUGGGAGAAGCUAAAGUUGGCUGCUGAAAAGAAGGUUGGUGCAGCAGAAGCUAAGAGAUUCUGCAAGGCCUUUCAACAAGUUCACAGAAAACUUGUGUAUGAAGAACUUAGCUUGGAUGCAGCACAAAGGCGUAAGUUAGCAAACAUCAAGGCGCAAGGCCCGAUCCCUUCCCUCCCCGCAUCUCAUACCUCUUCUCUCGUGCAAGUAAGCUUCCUGAAAAUGGCGAAGCGGUUGAUUCCGGCCUUGAAUCGGAUUUUGGUCGAGAAGAUUGUUGCUCCUUCCAAAACAGCCGGCGGCAUCCUUCUUCCGGAGAAAACAUCCAAGCUUAACUCUGGCAAAGUCGUCGCUGUGGGUCCUGGACUUCGUGACAAGAAUGGAAACCAUAUUCCUGUAGCUGUGAAGGAAGGAGACACUGUUCUUUUGCCCGACUAUGGUGGCAUGGAAGUGAAGCUUGCUGAUAAAGAGUAUCAUCUCUACCGGGACGAGGAUAUCCUUGGAACUCUUCACGAGUGAUGCAAUGCGCUGCAUGGCAUGCCUGAUUGGUUCAACAUUGGGAGGAACUGGGAGAGUUGUUGUUUUCGGAACUGUUGAGAGGAAUGUAGAUUUUACUUUCUUGCUGAGUCCUGGUGUUGUGCACCUUUUCAGUUGCAUAGGUGAAAGGAUUCUGGUCUGAGGGAACAUAUGUUUUAAGAAACUCCCCAAUUGUCUACCCGUAAUGGAAAGACACUUUUUAGCUUAUAUCUUUGAUGCCGUCUUUUGGGUUUCAGCCUUUUGCUGUCUUAUGGUGUUUGAAGCAGAAAAGCUACAGAAGCACAUUGUAGCAGUAGCACCCAAAUUUGCUGCAGCCUUGGGAGGCGAAAGUCAACUGGCGUGAUCGUUGGAAAAUGGAUGAAAGACUGGUAGUAGCAUGUGAUUUACAAAGAAAACGCUUUCCAUAAUAAGUUGUCAUUAAUCUGCUGAAUAAUUGUUGGAACAAGCGGCUGAAUUUAGGAGGGGGAUGGUUCCUCUCACGACGCGAAUUCUCCAUGAUUCACCAGGUG